AUGCCGCCAUUUGGUCUCAAGGCCCCUCUGACCCAAUCAAUGGCGAGCGAGUGGGCCAAGGGACAUUGGGACUGGAUACCGCCGUGGCGGGUCCCUACACCCAGGGAUGUCUACUGCAGAAGUCACACGUGCGGCAACAACCCCAGUCUCAGUUCAGUAAUUGCCCAGCAGGCGAAAGCACCCGAUCCGCGCGAAUGGGUGGAGAAGAUUCGGGCAAGCCUCCCGAACUACAGCAUUCAGGGGCCCGGGGCCGUCGCCGACUGCGGAGACAACGCGGAGCAGCACCCGUACUUGGAGAGCACCGAGGACCGUCUUCUGGCCAGACGACCCGGAGUCGCGUCUGUGGAAGAGGCGGCUCGCGAGUGCGACGCGAUGCCAGGCUGCACCCACUUCACAGUGACCGUGGCUCCUGUCUGGCCUUACGUGUCGGAGAGCGAGCUCAGAGCCGUCACCCCCGGCGCGAACUUGUGCAGGGGCAGGGACGUCAAGGUGCAGAGGUUUGAGCAUUCGAACACGUUCGUGGGCAUCAAGAGGAACCCUGCCCGAUCGCCACCAGCGGACCCCGCCACCAGCGACGAGGGCGAGGGGCAGCUUGACGGCCCGAUGCUCGCGUGCGCCCCGUGGGCAUCCGGGGGGCUCCGCCCCCGCGCUGCCGGUCGUGGGCGCGGCGCCGUGGCCGCCGCCAAGCCGACCGCGCGUUCCUAUGAGCAUCGGGCCCCCGACGUGGCCGAUGUGCAGACCUGCGCCUCCUCUUCCUGUUCUUUGUUUUGA